CUGCGGAGAUGCAAACCACGAUGACAACGCGACGACUUGGCCUUCUCGGUCUGCUGGUGGUGCUGGGCUGCAUAGUCGCCCAGGGCAAACCACAUGGCUGGAGCAGCGGUGGCGGUGGCGGUGGCGGUGGCUGGUCCUCGGGCGGAUCUGGUGGCAGCAAGGUCAUUAUCAGCGCCUGGCCAUCCAGCGGUGGAGGCGGUUGGUCCUCCGGUGGCGGAUCUGGUGGCUGGAAGAGCGGCGGUGGCGGCUGGUCAUCAGGUGGAUCUGGAGGUGGCUGGAAGAGCGGCGGCUCAGGAGGCUGGCCAUCCGGUGGCAGCUCCGGUGGCUGGUCCUCGGGUGGAUCCUCCGGCUGGCCAAGUUCCGGCAGUUCCGGCUGGAAGUCAGGCGGCAGCUCGGGAUUAUCCAGUGCCCUGUCCAGUCUCUCCAGUUGGAAGUCCCAGGCUUUGGGUAGCCUAAGCAGCGGCUGGAAGAGCGGCGGCGGAGGCGGUGGCUGGUCAGCUGGUGGCUCCUCGGGCGGCGGCUGGAAGAGCGGCGGCGGCUCUGGCGGUUGGUCCUCCGGUGGCUCCUCCGCUUGGCCCAGCAAGAUCAGCAGCGGCUGGUCCUCCGGCGGUGGUGGAGGUGGUUGGUCCUCCGGAGGAGGCGGCGGCGGCGGCUGGAGCUGGUAAACAGAUCCUGGCAUCAAGACGACAUCCAUCCGAGGCAAAUCGGCGACGAGACGAUACCACUAUCCACUGCUCAACAUGUACAUAGUAAUUCCCUGUCCCAAACUUAAUCCAACUUUUUUUUUUGUUUUCUGUA